AUUUUAAACUCCUGUGCGCGCUCCUGAUCGAAUCGAAGGAGACGGAGGAGCAACUGAAAACCCGCUAUCACACUGCCAGCUUCCCGACUAACAAUCUGUCUUCACAGUAUUAUUAAAAUCCUGGAAAAAUAGCAGGAUGUCUGAAGAAAAGCCAAAGGAAGGUGUAAAAACGGAGAAUGACCACAUCAACCUCAAGGUAGCUGGUCAAGAUGGGUCAGUUGUACAGUUCAAAAUCAAAAGGCACACUCCACUCAGCAAGCUAAUGAAAGCAUACUGCGAAAGACAGGGUUUGUCAAUUCGUCAGAUAAGGUUUAGGUUUGACGGACAGCCGAUCAAUGAAACAGACACACCUGCACAGCUGGAGAUGGAGGAUGAAGACACUAUUGAUGUAUUUCAACAACAGACAGGAGGGGCCUCUUCCUAAAUGGAAAGUGGACACACCUCACAGAGGACUCCAUACUUGGAGGAGCAUCCACACUAUGUUUUCAUUAUAUACUUGUUGAUUUAUUGAAUUUUUUUUGUUUGUUUGUUUUGUUUUGUUUUUUUGUUUGCUUGUUUUUUCAUCUGCUUGCCCAAAUGUCAAGCUCCACACAGCAUAAAAAGAUAUGGUUAUUUCAUUGGGGCCAAAUCCUAACUUUGAGAUGCAGGGUAAUUUUUUUCCAGUUUCCAGUUGCUUUACUCACAUACCUUACAAAACGGAUAAUAUGAUAUUGUCCAAGGCAGGGACAGAUCUCAGGUUGGCUAUGGCCUGCAAUGAAACACCUGUUUUAUUUUUGUUUUCUUUUAUUUGUUUGUUUUUUUUAUUGGAAGAUCUGCAUGUCUGUCAUAAUUCAUAAGGUGAAUUACAUGCCAAAAUCCACAAAUUGUUUAUUUCUCCAGAUCCUCCAGCGUUCAACUUCAGGAUUAACUGUUUUCAGUCAUAGUUUGAUGGGACACAGUUACUUUGUUGGUAUGCUAUAUUGUUAUGUAACUCAUUUUUAGUCUUCUUUUAUAGGAACAGCCCAUUCAGAAUAAUUUGUCUGAUUUAUCCAUGCUCAUUUUUAACUAACAAUUUGCUCCGAAAAAUAAUGCUUGUGCAAAGUUGUAUAUGGACGCUUUACCUCAGUAGUGUCACUCUCAAUGCUGUUUUGAUUGAACGGUAAUAAAGCAUGGUAAUGUUUUCUGGACCAAAAAUGCUAAAUGAACAGUGUUCUCAAUAAAAUAGUUUGGUAAAUAGGAAAGAGCAGUGUCAGAAGAUGGUGUAACUAAGGAGUGGUUUCAUGUCAGUACAGGAGAACAGGUUAAAAUAGCCUUUUCUCCACCAUUUUAUUAGUAGAAUAAGGAGACUCCACCAUACCCAGUCCAGAAACAGCUCCUACUCCCCUGUCUGGAAUGUGCUCUUCUGAACUGAUUUGUUUUUGUUGCAAGGUCAGGAGUAUUCCCUACAGUCGGCAAAUAUUGAGUCAUUGCUGUAUUGCUAGAUUGAACACAGUCCUUAAAAAUCUAUAGACAUUCUUGACGUGCUAGGAUUGUUUGUUCAUUGACUCGUGUGUCGGUAGAAAUCUUAUGAUUGUCCACCUUCAUUCUUAAAAUAAGAUUUGAGAGGUUGGAAUUGGCAAACAAAUAUUCCACAGAUCUUUGAUUUGUACAUUAUCUGUUGUCCUUAUACUGUAUACAAUAAAUAUAGUUUGAUACUCAGCC